AAAAAAAAAUUUCCCAUUUCUUCAUCUUCCCCAAUCUCUCUAAAACCCUAGAAACUCACUUCCUUUAGUUUUCCCUCAACCUCUUUACUGUAAAACAAACGAGAGACUACAUAAAGAAGCAUCCUUUAACUCUCUUCUCAUCUUUAUUUUAUCUGGGGACGAAGAAAUUUGACUUUUUUUUUUUUUUUUUGCUUCAUUUUUGUUGGAAGCGAUUCGAUUUUGGAACAAUGUCGGGUUCUGGAGGAGUUUCAAUCGCACGUACAGCGAUCCGUGGUGAGAAUCGGUUUUAUAAUCCACCUCCGAUGCGGAGGAUGCAGCAAGAGGCGCAAUUGCAGCAACAGAUUAGGGAGAAGCAACGACGUGAUGAUAAAGAAGAAGAAGUAGAAGAGGUUUUGAUGGAUAAGGAGAAGAGGAAGGCUGUGACUGUUGUUGCUGCUGCUAUGCCUCCGCCGAGGAGUAGGAAAGGUCUUGGUGUGACGGAGAGUAGUAAGAAUCGGGUUGUUGUUUCUGGGUCGGAAGUAUGUGCCGGUUCAUCUGAUUCUUCUUCUGGGUCGGGUCGUUCGAGUCGGGUUCAGAGUGAUGGGUCUAACUUGGAUCGGUUCUUGGAGCAUACUACUCCUGUUGUACCUGCCCGUUUAUUUCCUAUGAGGAGCAGGUGGGAACUUAAAACCCGUGAAUCAGAUUGCCAUACAUAUUUUAUUCUGGAGGAUCUUUGGGAGUCAUUUGCAGAAUGGAGUGCAUAUGGUGCUGGUGUUCCUCUAGAUAUGCAUGAGAGUGACUCUGAUUCCACCGUGCAGUAUUAUGUGCCUUACUUAUCUGGUAUUCAGUUGUAUGUUGACCCGUUGAAGAAGCCUAGAAAUCCAGUUGAGGAUAACGAAGGAAGUAGUGAAGGAAGCAGCAAUAGUAGGGUUGAGAAGUUGCCUAAUCGUUCUAAGACUUUGAAGAAUGAGGUGGACUUGAGUGUCAACGAACUGAAUAGAGUUAGUCUGAGAGAUCAAUCUAUUGCUGGCUCGUUGUCUAGUGGAGAAACUGAGAUAAGCAAUACUCAGGGACGGUUACUAUUUGAGUACUUGGAGUAUGAACCUCCGUUUGGCCGUGAACCUCUGGCUAACAAAGUCUCGGAUCUCGCGUCAAGAUUUCCCGAGCUAAUGACAUACCGGAGCUGUGAUCUUCUUCCUUCUAGUUGGGUCUCUGUUUCUUGGUAUCCAAUAUACAGAAUACCGGUUGGUCCAACACUACAAAAUCUCGAUGCCUGCUUUCUAACGUUCCAUUCUCUCUCAACACCACCUCCUCAAAGUGCUGUGGGUUGCAGUGAGUCAGAACGAACGACAAAGCUACCGUUGCCUACUUUUGGACUCGCAUCUUAUAAGCUGAAAGUAUCUGUGUGGAACCAAACCAGAACUCAAGAGUCCCAAAAGAUCGCUUCUUUGCUACAAGCUGCAGAAAAAUGGCUCAAGCGUCUGCAAGUUGAUCAUCCGGACUACAGAUUCUUCACCGCUAAGAGCCCACAAAUGAGGUGAAAAUGAAAGAUACUUUCUUGACCAUCGAUUUGGCUCUGGUCUGAUCAAAAGACCCAUUAUCUGCUGCUCUUACUUCACAUAUAAAGUCUCUCUUACACUGAAGAACCACCAAAUAGUGGCCAGACUCUUGCGUGUUUUUCAGGCGAUUUAAGAGUCUCUGCUGUUACAUUUUCAGAAGAUGCUUUGUGAAUUGUAGCCUAAUCUUCCUUUUUCUUCUGAUACUUAGUUUUUUGCUUUUCCCUGAAUAAGGAUUUGAGGAGCCCAUAUAGUGAAAUUUGCGAGGAGUGUUUUUGUAAUGUUGAGAAGCAACACUUUUUGUGAUACAAUUUGAUUGUUGAAGUGAAACAUAGCAUUGGCUUA